CUUCAAAACUCUAUUGUUACCAGAGUGGGAAUGGGCUAGUCUUAACUAUCAAAAGUGGUUUCUUUACCUAGCAUAAGAAAAUAAGUUGCAGUGUAAUGCUUCAGUAACUUGAACUCUGUCCCAGAAAAAAAUUCAUAUGUUAACCAGGCUCUCCUACAGCAGUUCUCCCGUAGGAUGUAUUGCUGUUGUAAACAAGUGAAGAACCACAAUCUUGUUUCUGGCUUUGGCAUCCAUUUUAUCUGCAGCUGUGCCCUUCAUCUUCUACCACUGUUCAUGCUACGAAAAGUAACUCAUGACCUCUGGGAGAAGUGAAUUCAACUCUCCCAUACCUUCACAGAAAAAGGAAGCAACAUUCAUGAUUGUAGAUAAAUCUAUCUGCCAGUCUAGUUCAAGUGCUGGAAUUCUAUCUUCAUGAUUGCCAUCAGGUGACUGAGAUGCAUGUACUUUGUUCUUGUUCCUCUUACAUGCAGUCAGUGUGGAUGGUCUGACACUGUAAGUUCACAUGUUUAAUAACCUUGAACAAAAACUGAGUGACUUUGAGGAGAGCUGUUCAGCAGCUCCUCUGCAACCUCAGUCUCUAGUUCUGCCACGGUAGUCACACCUCUGGUGCUGAGGGGGACUGUACUGCAGCAUCAGCUGUCCUUUCAGUCAGGCUGGGCUAGCUUGGGUCUUGUAGGCUUCAACACCAUUUAUAUCCUAAUGGCUUUUACCACAGCAGUGUAAUGAGCAGCAUUCUCAAGUACUGGCUUUCUGAAAUCCAGCUACACAAUAAUUUCUCUAGGUAGACUUCUUGGUACCUGUGGCAGAAGAGCACAAAACUGCAGAAAUCUCCAGUGUCAGCUCUCCAGUAGCUAAAGGGUCAUGUGCAAGAACAGUGUCCUCUGCUUAUGGACAUCAGAUGUUUAUACUACAUCACAAAUGUUUGACACAGUGCUUAGGAUAAAGGCUAGAAUAAUUCUGCACGCUUAAAAGCAGAUAUGGUUCCGACAAACAGCUCUAGUCAAGUUUUCUUACUGGAGUAGGGAGUUUUCUGCUGUGCAUCUGGUCUGUCUCUAGAUCCCUGCUGAAGAGGAAUGCUGCCCACAGAAACUAACUCUGAGGUCCAUGUUAGGCAUGCCAUUUGGGAUGGCAGAGUUAAUCUUUCCACAGAGGUUCACAUUAAUACAUGAUUUGCUCAUAUGUAAUCUGUUUCCUGUUACAAAGAGGAGAUUUUACCAGGACAGAUUUAAGUACUUAGACACUAUGCUCAGCUUGAGGUUUUGUGUGUCAGACUCAGUGAGCAAGUUCCCAAUGCCUAUCCUGACAGCACCAGAGUGAGUGUCUUUGCAACAUAAAGUUUUGGUAGGGAACCAGCAGCAGUCUGCUGCUCUUGUAUAUUACAACAGCAGGUUGAUAAUGUCUUACUUGAAACUUUCUGCUUAGGGCAAGUUACAUUUCUGAUAUUUGAAAAUAUACCCUCUGUCCCACAAAAAGAAAAAAAGGAAGCAAUACUAUAUUUGUAAAGGCAGUAGAGAUCGUUUAAAAAAAGUUCUGUAAAUCAGAUUCUGAAGCUUGAUGUAAAGAUCUAGUUAGAAACCAGCAAGAUCUUCCUUGUUCCCUUUAAAGAAGACUCAUUCUCUUCUGUCUGGAGCAUUAAUGGACUUGUUCAAGAAAGGACUUCAAAAUUAAUUUGUUUUAAUUUUCUUUACUAAACUGAGUUUAGUUUAGAACUGAUUCAUAAGUUCCUUUCCACUUUUUUUAAUUACAGUACUUUAGACUCCGAGAAGUUUCAUUGAACUUCAAAUGUAACAUAAGCAGAUUUGUAACACUCAUGUUAGGAUUUUAUGCUCUUCUUUCUUGAAGCUGCUGCUUCAUUACAAAAUACCCUUUGAUUUUGAAUGGAAGAUUUGAUUUUGAAUGUCUCAGUUUGAACGAAGACUCCUCUCCCUUGCUGGCUUCUGGCAGUGUCCUUGCACUGUUUAAGUGCUGCCUUUGGGGCAUGCUUGCAGAGCAGCGAGCAGCUGAUCCUGAAUGCUCAGAGGCAGUUGGGAAACACCCAACCUGUAUUCCACAACCUGUAUUCCCUGCCAAGGCCCCAGGGCAGAGCGAGGGGGAAGGUGCCCUGUCUCUGGCACGGCAGCACAGGAGGGGCCGUGCAGUAUCUGCAAUGUAGCUCCAGCGUUCUGGACACCUUGUGGUGUGAGGGAUGGAGGUUUUGCUUCUUCCACCUACAAGUGGAAGCUGUUAAGGUCCUAGUGGUCAAACAGAAGCCAGGACUGAGUGAUCAUUACUGCUCACAAUUCAUCGUCUACCAAGGCACAGCAGCGAUGUUUCCAAGAUUCGACUUCUGUUGUCUAGACUGGCACUACCAGAUACAUCUGAGAAAGCUGCCCUGUGUCUGUGAAAAGCAGCAAUAAGAAAGAAAUAUACUAUGGGAAACAAGUGAAACUACCAGCGCCAUGAACCUUGCGGCCAAGAUGCAAGCAAAGCUGCAGAGCAACCAAUGAUGAUGCAUUACAAUUUGUAAAAUCUCUGCUCGCAGGAGAUGCUGACCCCUGCAGUCAUAAAUGCAACCCAGCAACAGAAGAGUGGUUCAAGUUCCUUUUCAACGAGAGAGGAAAGCAUCAUUUCACUGGCGGAGAUGCACCUUCAUCAUUCUUCAGCUCCUGGUUUCCCUGUAAGGAUUCUCAGUGAUUGACACAAACGCUUAUCCACAAUCCAUUUAACACCCAUUAAGGAAUGCAUGAAGGAGAAAGCGCAGCUUGAUCACAAGGCACCCCUGUAUUUUAUUUCAACAAUAAAAUCUGGCAAGUCGUGGGGAAACUGUUUGAGUUUACAGCCACAAGCUGGCAAACACUGGAGAAGCUGAAGCGCUAAGUCACUCCGUCUCCUCCUUGCAUCCUGGAUGCCUGCCCUAGCGAAAAUGACUUCGGCAGCAUUCCCCCGCUACAGAAGGAGCCAGCAAGAUGCGUGUGAGGAUUUCAAGGUGGGGAACCUCCUGGGGAAGGGCUCCUUCGCGGGGGUCUACAGAGCAGUAUCACUGAAAACCGGCCUGGAAGUGGCCAUCAAAAUGAUAGACAAAAAAGCCAUGCACAAAGUUGGAAUGGUACAGAGAGUUCAGAAUGAGGUGAAAAUACAUUGUCAGCUAAAGCAUCCGUCUAUACUCGAGCUUUAUAACUAUUUUGAAGAUAGCAACUACGUGUACUUGAUACUAGAGAUAUGUCACAAUGGCGAAAUGAGCAGAUAUAUAAAGAACAGAAAGAAACCCUUUUCAGAAGAUGAAGCGCGACACUUCCUGCACCAGAUUAUCACGGGUAUGCUGUACCUCCAUUCCCACGGAAUACUGCACCGGGACCUCACCCUCUCCAACAUCUUACUCACCAGCAACAUGAACGUCAAGAUUGCUGAUUUUGGAUUGGCGACUCAGCUGAAGAUGCCUCAUGAGAAGCAUUACACCAUGUGUGGAACUCCCAAUUACAUUUCUCCGGAGAUAGCCACGAGGAGCCCGCACGGGCUGGAGUCCGACGUGUGGUCUCUGGGCUGUAUGUUUUACACUCUGCUCAUUGGCAAGCCGCCUUUCGACACGGACACGGUCAGGAACACGCUGAACAAAGUGGUGCUGGCAGAUUAUGAAAUGCCGGCCUUCUUGUCGAGAGAGGCACAGGACCUCAUUCACAGGUUACUGCGCAAAAACCCCGCGGAUCGCUUGAGCCUUUCCUCGGUCUUGGAUCAUCCCUUUAUGUCCAGGGGGAGCUCUGCACGGAGCAGAGAUCUGGGAACCUCAGAAGAUUCCAUGGACAGUGGAAAUGCCACCAUCUCUACCACCUUCAUGGGCUCUUCCAGCAUCAGUACCAGUGGUAGCUUGAAGGAAAAGAAGAAGCUGUUAGUUGGACAGCCCCUCCCAAACAAAAUUACUUUUUUUCCUACAAACAAGAAUUGCAGUAAUAAUUCAUCGGGAGACGAAAGUGGUUCUUUCCGACAGUGGGGAAUUCAGGGAAAGGAAAUUGGAGUAAGUGGCAGGGGAAGAACCACGCAGCCUGCUGAGGAGAGGCCACAUUCCCGCUACCUCCGAAGAGCCCACUCCUCAGACAGGUCUGGCACAUCCCACAGCCAGACUCAAGGCAUAUCCAACGUCAUGGAUCGAUGUCACUCCUUGGAAGUGCUUUCCAAGCCUAAAAUAGGAACGAGGGAAAACACAGAAUACUUUUCACCUGCUAACAGCUAUACUGAUAUAGGAGAAAUAUUUAAGGCGAAGACCUGUAGUACUUCUGGUUCUUUUGAAGAGCAGAUAUCUCCACCUGAAAAAGAUCAACCACACUCAAAUUAUCUGUGCCCAGUGAAGCCCCAGGUUGGUUUGUUAGAGCAGAAGUCCCAGGCUGAGACAAUGCAGCAGUGGCUUGGAAGCAUGCAAACAAAUGAUCCUCUGGGACCACCUGCAGACCUGACUGGCAAGAGUAACGCACAUGGAGGUUUUCGGUACCAUCUGGAUGCGCAGCAGGAUGCACCGAGGAAUGCAUGGAACACCUUAAAAGACAUAAGGCAUCACGGUGCAUCUGGUGACUGUCCACAUUCUUUAAACCAGAGAAACCCAAAGCAAUGCAUCCCUGGAGUUGUCUGCAAAAAUGAGACAAUUCAGCCUGGCCUCUGGCUGAACUCCAGAAUGACAUGUGGCCUUUGGUCAACUCCAGAGCAAAACCAAACUUGUGGCCAAGAACCAUCAGCACAUCAGAAACCUACACUGCGAAGUGUUGUGUCACCUCUCACUGCUCACAGGCUGAAACCCAUCAGGCAAAAAACCAAAAAUGCAGUGGUGAGCAUUCUAGAUACUGGGGAAGUGUGUAUGGAGUUUCUGAAAGAACACCGCUCGCAGGAACUUGUGAAAGAAGUUCUCAGAAUAUCUUGUGAUGGAAAUGUGAUUGCAGUUUAUCAUCCAAAUGAAGGAAGAGGUUUCCUUCUUGAUGACAGACCUCCUCCUCCUCCUGAAAGCAUCUGCACAUAUAAUUUUGACAACUUGCCAGAAAAGUACUGGAAAAAAUACCAGUAUGCAGCUAAGUUUGUGCAGUUGGUGAGAACAAAAACCCCUAAAGUGACGUUUUAUACACGAUAUGCCAAGUGCAUGUUGAUGGAAAAUUCACCCCCUGCAGAUGUUGAAAUUUGUUUUUAUGAUGGAACAAAGAUCCAUAAGACAGCUGGUAUAACUCGUGUGAUUGAAAAGUCAGGGAAAUCCUUCACUGUGAAAGGAGAAAGCGAAGCAGGGUUGAAGAAGGAAAUCCAGGCUUAUAUGGAUCAUGCAAAUGAGGGACAUCGUAUAUGCCUUGCACUGGAAUGUGCGGUCUUGGAAGAAGAGAAAAGGACUGGAAGUGCUCCAUUUUUUCCAAUAAUUGUUGGAAGAAAACCUGGUAAUACUGAAUCACCACAGGCUGUAGCACCUCCACUGUUGGACAAGACAAACUAUUCAAAAGAAGCUGUGGCAUUGGAUAGAAAUCAAGCUGCCAGUUCUGCUCCAGUUCAGACUCCAAACUGUGCUCCUGUGGUGCCCUUUGAAAAGCCUACGUUUCUGACUAACACUGUUGAAAAGACCUGCUCCUCUGUUCAUCAAACGGAAUGCAGUCCAAAUUCAGCCCAACUCGUCAAAUCUGUUUUUGUGAAAAAUGUUGGUUGGGCUUCUCAGCUGACCAGUGGAGCAGUAUGGGUUCAGUUCAAUGAUGGAUCCCAGCUGGUAGCCCAAGCAGGUGUCUCCUCCAUCACUUACACUUCUCCAGAUGGCCAGACAACCAGGUAUGGAGAAGAUGACAAGUUGCCAGAAUACAUCAAAGAGAAGCUGCACUGUCUGUCUUCUAUUCUUGUCAUGUUUACCAAUCCAGCUGGUCCUCACUGACUAAAGGAAACCGGGUGUCAUAGCACAAGAGCUUAAUAAACUCACUCACUGACUUCACAGUAAAGUGACUGAUCUUACUUAGCUCAUGCAGAGAUUCUUCCAAAAUCUGGUAAUAAGCGAGGAAGGGGAGGGUUACUCUCUUUAUAUGUAGCAAAUUGUGUGUGAAGUCUCAUACAAAACAUACUUUUCAUUAAAGUGAUGGAUAAACUCAUUCAAGCCAAACUUUGAGAAACUUAAUUCUUGACUGUGUUAAGUCUUUGGAAAUAAUCUGAAUCUGUUGUAUUUUUUUUCUUACUCCACUGCUUACUCAGUGUCAACAAUCAAGGAAAAUGCAUCUAUGCUGUUCAAGUAUUUGUAUUUGUAAAUAACUUAUAUUUUUAUGUCUUACAAGUAAUAUAUGUAAAUAUGUAUAUGUUUUAUAAGUCUGUUUUUAUUUUUUUGUAGCAGCAGCUUAAAACUUCCCUGCACAAGCAUGUUAUACAAAAAAAAAUAAAUGCAGUGGUAAUUGUCUGGACCUAUUUAUUUGUUUCAUGGUCAAGUAAUGGUUAAAGGAGAAGAGUUAAUAACUUUAGGUGGUUUUACCUUGUUUUACACAUUGAGUAAUACUUACAGCAACUGAAGUAGCAUUAACAGUAGCUUUUCUUCGAAGCAUUUCGUUUAAAGUGUGCUAACACUCCUGAUGGUGCUCGUAUCUGUACUUAAAUAGUCUAAGACUUCCUUAGCAGGCAGGAACAGAUCUUAAGUGGAGUGGGAUCCAAAAUUAUCUUGGAGGUGGGAGGAUGAAGAGUUUCAGAGGAGCUGGUGCUGGCUGUGCCCAAGCACAGCUCAGCUGAACUGAUUCAAGCCAGUUCUCCUUGUUCAGCUGCUGUUUAAAAGACAGACCUUUGGUUGCUUUGUCAUGUCCAAAUCAAGGAAAUAGCUUGCAAAUAAAGAAUUUAGCACUAGCAACAUCAACAACAAUAUACAAGCAGCACUUACCAUGAAUUAACUUAAAAAAGUGAAGUCCUUUUUCACAACAUUUUGUGAUUCUGUAGC